ACAGUACUGGGGCGUCGCUGCCCCAUCGCUCCGGGCGUGGACACUCCUAGUCGCGGCGAUGGUUCCGCCUGGCCUGGUCACGUGGGUGCCAAGAUGGCGGCGUCCAGAGGACGCUGCGCGAGGUUCGGCAGCGGGCUUGUUCUCGGCGCUGUCGCCGCCACCCUCUUCGACUUGUCCGGAGUGUGCGGAGCUUAUUGACGAGUCCCUGUAGCCGAAAGCACGCAGGUUUCUACUGUAGAUCACGAGCUGGGGAGGCUGUUGCCAUGGUAACGGAGCAGGAGAUAGAGGCCAUAGGGAAGACAUUAGUGGACCCCAAGCAGCCCCUGCAGGCACGCUUCCGUGCCCUGUUUACACUUCGGGGACUGGGUGGCCCCAAUGCUAUUGCCUGGAUCAGCCGGGGCUUUGAGGAUACCUCUGCUCUUCUGAAACACGAGCUAGCCUACUGCCUGGGCCAGAUGAGGGACCCACGGGCCAUCCCUGUGCUGGUGGAUGUGCUGCAGGACACGAGCCAGGAGCCCAUGGUUCGUCACGAGGCAGGGGAAGCCCUGGGGGCGAUCGGUAACCCAGAAGUUCUAGGCAUCCUGAAGCAGUAUUCCACUGACCCAGUGGUUGAGGUCGCGGAGACAUGCCAGCUCGCCAUUGGGCGUCUAGAGUGGCUGCAGCAGCAUCCUGGAGAGGCCACAUGUGCAGGACCCUACCUCUCAGUGGACCCAGCGCCCCCUGCAGCAGAGCAGGAUGUGGGGCGGCUGCGGGAAGCCCUGCUGGAUGAGGCCCGGCCACUCUUUGAGCGGUACCGUGCCAUGUUUGCCCUGCGCAAUGUGGGUGGCAAGGAGGCUGCCUUGGCCCUGGCUGAAGGCCUGCGAUGCGGCAGCGCACUCUUCCGCCACGAGGUGGGCUAUGUGCUGGGUCAGCUGCAGCACGAGGCAGCUGUGCCUGAGCUGGCAGCCACGUUGGCACGGACCACUGAGAGCCCCAUGGUGCGACACGAGUGUGCAGAGGCCCUGGGCGCCAUCGCCAGGCCUGCCUGCCUGGCUGCACUGCGAGAUCACAGCAUGGACCCUGAGCAAGUGGUGCGGGAGAGCUGCGAGGUGGCGCUGGACAUGUACGAGUACGAGAAUGGCCAGGAUUUCCAGUAUGCAGACGGGUUGGAGCGCCUGCGGCCACCACCUUAACCCGGCACCUGGCGCAUCUGCUGGGACUCUUACCACCUGUCCUGUGCCCUGGGGCUGCCUCUCCUGCCCCUUCCCUGGCCACAUGUACUGUGUAGUACUCUGCUGGCUAUGCAUCCUAUCCAGAUUUAGAGAGCCAAGCAGCUGAGGGGCCUUGUUUCCCACUCUGUGUACCUGCCUUGCUGGGUGUUGGUGGGCAGUGUCACCCUGGUGCUGUCUGCUCUGUGAUUCUGUGUAUCCCAUGCCCUCCACACUAGCAGAGAUGGCAGUGUGGAAGCUUGCAGGCAUUGGGAAUGAUCCAGCUCAGGAAGCUGUUGGGAAAGUUAUGGGGGCAGGGGUGUGCGGGGUGCACCUCACAUCUGGGUCAAGCAGGGAGUGCUGCAUAAAUAAAAUAAGUUAUUUUUCACAA